ACAAAGUGGAGACGCAUCUGAUGCUGGGCUGUCCUCCUCACACCUUACAAAGCACAUACGGAGCCACAAGGACAGGCUUUAAUCAUCUCUGCCGCCUUCAGGGACGCUCAUCUUCAUUUCUCCUGCUCGUUCUUUUUUAUUUUUUUUUAACUGAGAUCUCUUUCUUCCGCGGGAUACCUACCGAUGGCCACCACCGCCACCGUCCCCAGCAUCAGCACCACCACCGGAGGGCCGUCGGGCCAGCCAGGACGGCCGGGAUUCAACCAGCAUACCUAGCAGGUCGCUUCACUGCUGAGGAGGGACACAUCAGACCAAGCUGCCUUAACUGACCUUUGACCUUUCUCUGACGACUCACCCGAGGGGUCACGACCCCAACAGGACUCAUCAUCAUCGUUAAGCCUCCAGCUCCCAACAGCCUGAUCAUGACGACGCCAAGAGUCGACGUCGCCUGAUACCACCUGCAACCAGGAUCUGAAAGAUGACAGAGAGCAGGAGGAGGAGGGAGCUGUGAGACGCUGAAUGGGAAAAGCAUUAGGACAAAAAAGCAGGACCAGUGCCAUGACGCAGACUGUUGCACUCUGAAAACCUGUAACAAACUCAACGUUUCAAUCCAGCAUCAAAAACCAAAAAGCAGAGACCUUCAGCUUCCUAAGAACCAACAAUGUAGAGGAAGACAGCAAAGACGAUUGUUGACGAUCAGCUGUUACUGUUGGACAUCAGUCCAUCAAAGACGACCACGAUUGUCUCUUACUGACAAAUCUGUUUCAGUCACGCUGUUUUUUUAAUUUAUAUGGAGUUUAAAAUCAAAGACAGCAAAUAAGAUUGUGUUACAGAUAAAAGGGCAAAGACUCCAUUUACUCACCUCGUCAACCACCACAUUAACAACUGAGCCACAAAAAGAUUGUACCGCAAAACAAUCAACACAACCAAACUGUCUGGACAUACGUCUUCAGGUCCUGAAGUUGGAAUUAAACACAUUUUGGACGUUAGGAACCAAACCACACUCCACAAUGACGCAUCUACACGCAGGCCUGAGCUCAGAGACGACAGAAAAGGCUCGUCUAGAGCUGAAUGAAAACCCGGACACUCUGCAUCAGGACAUCCAGCAGGUGCGGGACAUGAUCGUCACGCGGCCAGACAUCGGUUUCCUGCGGACGGACGAUGACUUCAUCCUCCGUUUCCUGAGAGCCAGGAAGUUCAACCAGGCGGAGACCUUCAGACUGCUGGCCCAGUACUUCCAGUUCAGACAGCAGAACCUCGACAUGUUCCAGAGCUUCAAGGUGGAUGACCCGGGUAUUAAGCGGGCGCUGAUGGAUGGUUUCCCGGGUGUACUAGAGACUCCAGACCAACAUGGCCGAAAAAUCCUUAUCCUGUUUGCCUCCAACUGGGACCAGAGCAGGAACUCUUUCACAGACAUCCUGCGGGCGAUCCUGCUCUCUCUGGAGGUUUUGAUAGAGAACCCGGCGCUCCAGAUCAACGGUUUCAUCCUCAUCAUCGACUGGAGCAACUUCUCCUUCAAACAGGCCUCCAAGCUCACGCCCAACAUCCUCAAACUGGCGAUCGAGGGCCUCCAGGACAGUUUCCCCGCUCGGUUUGGAGGAAUCCAUUUUGUGAAUCAGCCGUGGUACAUUCACGCCAUGUACACCAUCAUCAAACCUUUCCUCAAAGACAAGACCAGGAAAAGGAUCUUCCUCCACGGGAACAACCUGAACUCGCUCCACCAGCUCAUCCAGCCAGAGUGUUUGCCGUCUGAGUUUGGCGGGACUCUGCCUCCGUAUGAUAUGGGCAUCUGGGCCCGAACGCUGCUGGGACCCGACUACAACGACGAGACAGAGUACACGCUGACCUACGAUGCCCUGCACGUCAGGGAGAACUGUGGAGGAGGAGGAGACAAGGAGAUGAUGAAGAGGUCUCAGUCUGCGGUGGAACCAGGAACUCUCCGACAAACUGAAAGAGAGACCAGCACGCCACUACUGGCCCUGGACUGAGCGCGCGCACACACACGCAAAUCCAUCAACACACAUGUACAGACUUUCAACACACUUCUUAAAGACAAAAUCCACUUUGAAACAAACACACAUAUUCUGUCUAUAUAAAUCACACACACACUGCACCAGCUGUGUAUUAAGCAAAUGAAUUUAAACUUGUGUCCUGUUGACCUGAACUUCCUGAACAGGACAAACACACACACAGUCAGUCCUGUCUCUGAGCCGUCUAAUGCCUCCCAGCUGAGCCUCUCUCCAGCCUGAUGUCCACAACAACAACAACACGCUCUGAAGUGUGUGUUUGUGUGUCGUCAGAAACAAGCAGGAAUGUAACACGGUGAUCACAUUUAACCCGUGACGCGACUCUGUUUCUGUGAACCGAAACAUCUGAAACAUAAAAACUGAGAAUCAAACGUGAUGAAACAUGAAAGGAUUUGGUGAAACUUACAGAUACGAUGUCAGGCCAUGUUAGCAAAGAAGAUGGUAAGACAAAACAACGAUUAAAUAUACAUUCAUAUCCUCAAUUAAUAAACAUUUAGAGAAGGUUGCACCAACAAGGAUUAAUUUAAACAAACAUUAAGUUUGAUCAAAGUUUUGUCAUUUUGUGUUGGAGCAACACAAGAACCGUGUUGAUGGAACAUUCUGAGCCUUAUUUAUGUAGAAAAAAUAGUUUUUUUUCCAGGUUACACUAUAAAUAUUAAUAGAUGUCAUGUUUAUUUGUCUUACUUGCUCUAAGUUUUGGAACAACAGGAUGUUUGGAGUCAGUUGGGCUGUGGGCUACAACCUGAGCACCAAACACCAACAUAGAAAAAUAAUGUUUCCAAAUGAAUCAUAAUAAAAGUAAAAGUUGGAGCCCUAAAUAUAGCACUGUUUGUGGAAAAACUCUGUUUAAUAAUUUAAACCAGGUGUAUACUAAACUUGUGUAAAUAACCAACUGUCUGCUAACAAGUUCACAUUAACAAUUUAAUGAGGUGAUAAUUGUGGUUACAACAUGUUUCUGCUGCCCCCAAGUGGCCAAAAACAAAAUCAAUCCAGCUUUAAAGAACCAUUUCACAUUAAUCUUGUUUAAAUUUCAGUUGCAAACAGAAUUAUAAGACAUUGUAAGUCAUGAUUGAAGAGAAUCCUUGUUGGUGAAACCCAGACUUUAAUGUUCAAAAGAGUAUUUAUCUUCAGUGUUUCCUGAGCUAUGACUCUAAAAUGUGAAUCUCAAGUUUGGUUAAGGUAACUGUUCAGUUCAUGGCGGCUUCAUCACUACUCAUUCAUCUACUUACUCGAGUAUUUCCCACAACUUAUGAAUCAAAAUACUUUGAAUUCUGUCAAAUCUUUGUCUUUAACUGACUUUAAUGUCCUGAAAUCUAAAAGAAAUUCAGUGGAGGUGGAAACAUUUUCACAUCAGUCAUCAAAGUAAGGAAGGACAAUGUAAAAUUAAAAAAUCACUUUGGUAGAAUAAUGUCAUCUUUUUAUUUCAUGUAAACAACAAAAUCACAUCAAGUUAGGCCAACUUUGCACAAGCAUUUCAAAAUAAAAGCACUGCACAUGUUGCCACAAAUUACCAGAUGCUAUGAACAGAUCACAUGCAUGAACAUUUUAUAAACUGUUCUACCAGAGUGAAAAGGUAUUGUGCUGUGAAGAAACUACCGGAUGCCAAAUUAUCACCUUUAACCUCGACUACAGUGAAGGGAAAGAUUGUUUUUAUUAAAUUUAACUUAUUUGAAGAUUGUAUAUUGUUAUAAUUAUUAUUACACAGUAAAAAAGUGACACACUUGGCCGAUUUUAUCCUGAGAUAUUUGAAGUUAAAUUAUCUUCAAUUCCUGCUAUGAAUAUAAAAAUCUAAGACCAAAACCUACUAGUUAAAAACAUCAGAUUUAUGAUUAAAAAAAACUUUUGCAGGUUGAUAAAUUCACUUUGAAAUUUCCUGGAUAUAAUGUGAAUUAUUUGUAAAUAUAAAGGCCAAGUUUGUCAUUAUUUUUUGCAGUGUUUGACUCAUCAGGGCUACACUGAGCAGUGAUCUGAUCUCCACUUGACUGUAAUGUAAUGUAUUUCCUUUCAAUGAAUGUAAAGAAGUAAACAUUUACACCAA